CUCCAAGUCAAUGAAUCCACCCACCCCCUUGCAUUCUCAUUGUCUCCAAGUGGAGAGACCUAUACUAUCUUUAAUCUGUCAGCGUGUUUUUCCCCAAAUGUCUUGAUGUUGUCCCAGUCAUCCUCACCUCAACCUCGGGGCACUCGUCGCUCGAGCGUUGGAGCAAAAGCCCGAGUUUGCGACCAUUGCGGACGCACUUUCAGAAGAACUGAACAUCUGGAACGGCACGUGCGCACUCUAAUUCUUCGGUCGGACGCUAUUCGCUUCGGAGAUCAAUCAUUGAGUAUUUCUGUACAGAUACAAAAGAAAAGCCAUAUGUUUGUUUCUGCGGGGCUGCCUUUACCCGACGAGAUCUUCUGAAGCGCCACACGCGCAUCACCCAUGAGAGCAAUGGUUUAAUAUCACCGACCUCACAGCCUCAGCCAGAAUCCUCUGGCCAGUCGCUUG